AUGACUGAGGUAGAGCCUGUACUGGAUUUUUCUUCGUCGGCAAGGACAGGACGUAGAAAUGCACUGCCUGAUAUAUUAGGUUCACCAGCAGGUGUAGCUCCCUCUGACCUCCCACUAAAACUAGCUGAAAUGUCUUUAAAUACAGGUCCGGACUUACAGUCUCCCUCCAAUGAGUUACCCCAGGAGGCAGCGGACAGCCCUGAGCUAAAGGACACUUCCUAA